AGAAUCUAGUACAGCUACCCCGCGAGCUAGAUCGAUUCAGAUAUUCUUUUUUUUGCCAUACUUUCUGUUUCUCUACCCUGUUCGUUGUCUAGCGGUACAGCACCCCAAAAGUCAACAGUGAGCCUGAAUCUAUACAAAAAUGCUUCGCACCGAACUCUGCGAUCUGCUGGGGAUCCAGCACCCCAUUUUGCUUGCUGGCAUGAACAGCGUGUCCACGUCCGAGCUGGCUGCUGCAGUGUCCAACGCGGGCGGGUUCGGGAACAUCGGAGGGCAAAGUUUUCAGCCAAAGGCUUUGCGCCAGGAGUUGCAAGAGCUGACCGACUUGUUGAAGGAAAAAGGCACGGACCCUCGAAACUUCGGUGUAGAUUUGCUGAUCCCGCAGGUCGGCGACGGCGCGAGGAAGACAAACUACGAUUAUUCGGACGGCAAACUCCCGGAACUGAUCGACAUCAUCUGCGAAUACAAGGCGAAACUAUUCAUCUGCGCGGUCGGGGUGCCGCCAAAAUGGGCGGUCGAAAAGUUGCACGCGCACAACGUGCUCGUGAUGAACAUGGUUGGCUCGGUGCGGAACUGCGAGAAGGCGCUCGCCGCCGGUGCGGAUUUGAUCUGCGCGCAGGGGCACGAGGCGGGUGGUCACACCGGGGACAUCGCUUCUUCCGUUUUGGUCCCGCAGUGCGUGGAUUUGUGCCGGAAAUGGAAGCGGCGAAACUACAACAACUCCGCAGACGUGCUCGUGGUCGGCGCGGGCGGGGUGUUCGACGGGCGCGGGCUCGCCUCCAUGCUGGCGUUGGGGGCGUCCGGCGUGUGGGUGGGAACGCGGUUUGUCUGCACGGAGGAGUCCCACGCGCCGAAGCACCACAAGGAGAAGAUUAUGAAAGCGAAAGCGGCAGAUACGAUCCGCACGCUGUACUUGACGGGGCGACCCUUGCGGGUGAUUCCCAACGCGUACCUGAAGGAGAAGGAGAAAGACCAGGAAAGGAUCCGCAAGUUGUUGGCGGACGGGCAGAUUCCGGUGUACGCGGACUUAUCCGAGGACACCGGCAUGGAAAAGUACCGGCUGUCUGCGUUGGAAAUCUCGAAUUCGCUCGCGGGGCAAGCGGCCGGCGCGAUUGAGGACGUUUUACCCGCGCGGGAGGUCGUGGAAGGAAUGGUGAAGCAGGCCGCGGAAGUUUUGCAGUUUCAAAUGAAGAAUUAUUUAAAAGGUAGUGAUGAUGCAAGAACUUCUAGUACUUCUGCUGUAACGGGUUUCACUUCUACUUCGAAGAGCGGAAACAGUGCGGUUCUGCGGGGCGACAUGGCGGUCGCGAAGGAGACGGGCGGGCCAGUGGUCGGGCUAAAGCCGCAGUCGAAGCUGUGA